GCCUGAGACGCCGCGUGUAUGACGAGGCAACAGAGCCUCAAGGACGCUCGCUCCUUUGGUCUUUAAAUAAAAAAAAAAGCGUCCGAAAGCAAGCAAAAGCGACCGACUAGCGGGAAAAUUAUUCUGGAGUUGGCAACAGGGCCAACAAGCAGUCGACACUCGCACCGCCGCCGCCCACGAACAGACUUCGUCCGACGGACGGCACACUCGAGGAGCGGUCUCUUCGGCCACGGGUGGUUUAGAUAACAGCGAGCGACCGAGUAAGUCAACAUGAGUGUGGCACGGGCGAGGACACCGUACCUCCACAUAACCGAUGGCGUCCCGCGGUCCCCUCUCUAUACAGCAGAGGCGGUUCGUGAAGCCUUGAAGUUCGAACCAACUGCCAAAGAUGUCAUCAUUGUGACCCACCGGAAAUCUGGAACGCACUGGGUCGCACAGAUUGUCCUUCUCCUUCUCAACAGAGGUAAAUCUCCUGUUGACCUCGAAGACUUCGUAAGACAAGCCCCCUCGAUCACUUUGUUGGGAGCGUCAGUUUCCGAUCAGUCACCAAGGUUGCUCCGCACGCACUUUUCAUUCCGAGAGCUCAAGUACUCCAGAGAUGCCAAGUACAUCUACGUCGCACGCAAUCCCUGGGACACGUGCGUGUCCUUCUAUCACCACGUCAAGACGCGACCACAUUAUCGGUUUCAAGACGGCACCUUCGAAGAAUUCGUCGAAGCGUUCAUCAAAGGCAGGGUCGGUCAGGGGGAUCACUUAGAACACGUUUUAUCCGGUUAUGCUCUGCGACACGAAGCCAACGUUCUCUUCCUGACCUACGAGGAGCUGAAGGAAGACACAGCGGGUUCCGUACUCAAGAUGGCCAAGUUUCUCGGCGAUCCCUACGCCUCCAUGUUUGACCAGGACCCCGGACUCAUGGAGGAAAUCCUCUCCAAGAGCAGCGUCGAAUUCAUGAAGAGGACGUUCGACGUGAGUCAAGAGGAACUCUGUGCGAUUCACAAGCAUCGACCGCUGCAUCCAGAGGCCGAAGAGGAUUGGACGAAUAAACGAAACGGAACCAGGUUGGGUUUUGUGCGACACGGAACAACAGGUGACUGGCGAGGACAUUUCUCACCCGAACUGUUAGAACGGAUGCAAGCUUGGAUCGACUGCAAGACUCGAGGCUCAGACGUCAUGUGCCUUUGGGAGAACGAAUUACAGGCAACAAAACUUGCGCGAACAACUGCCUUUGUUUGACAUUUUUAUUCAAUGAGAACCGUCGCAAAUAAAGAAUAUUUUAUUUUUUUUGAA